AUGCCUCAAUGUCCAUCGUGCGGAAAAAUUCUGAAGGACCACACAUCUGUCGCUCGCCAUAUGAGCCAGCCCCGGUCUGGCUGCAACACGUGGCUAGAAGAUAUCAUCAAGCUUAAUUCCCUCAUUCCACCCUUGGACCCAGUGAAUAUCGAGCACGACAUUUCUCAUGAACCAGAACUCGGAGGCGAGGCGAUGGUAGUUGACUUUGGUGAUGAUGGCGGUGAAUUCGGUGAUGAAGAGAAUAUCAUGGGAGGUGGAAUUAUGGAUGAGGGCGGUGAACCGGCUGAACCUAAGCCAGAUGAUGUCUUACAGCGCCACCACCAGAAAAAUGGACGCCCUCGACUUCCUGAUCCACAAGUUCUUGACCUCCUACGUCACGCUGAGACAAAGUCUUCCAAGUCAAAGGACACAAACGUCAAGACUACAUCAGCAAAAGUGAAGGAAUCAGGUGAUGGGCCUAGAGCCACUCAACUAGGCUGGUAUGGUCCACGAUGGAAAAACUUCCUUGAGGUUACGAAGAGCGAGUGCCACGCCCAACACGCGAUAGAGAACCCAUUCCCCAAACUAGCGAAAGAUUUGACAGGUUCCAUCAACGAGAUACUCAUGGCUUCGCUCGUCGAAUGGCUCGAGGGUGGUCAACAAGUCGAAGAGGGUAUUUGGCCUGAUCGCAAGCAUGAUAUGGCAAAACUGCUGUAUGAGGAUUUAUCAACGUGGCGCUCGGACCUCAAGAAGACCGUUGCCAGUAUUGUGCCCUCCAUGUACGACCUCAUACCUCCAUCUCAUGUCCCACCCCAACAACGUGCUGCCUGGGUUGAAGAAGCUGCCACGGAGUUGCUCAAAGACACUAUUUUCUUACGCAACGGUGUAGAUGAAAAUGGGAAAACCGAAAACGCCUCUCAUCCUGUGCUCCGCGAGGCUUCUAUCUCUUUCUUCUAUACAGGGUCUUACCGUGUUGCUCGCAGGAGACCUGAGGUCUUCCAGAAGUCUUUACCGCUAGAGUGCUUGGCACUGGUUUGCACCGCGGUUAAUUGUGUCCUAGAUGGCUUUGCUAAGAACGGCAGCGGAAAAUCAUUUCCGAAGUUCACCGCAAAGGAAUACUCUUCUUUGUAUACUGCUAUGCUCACUAACCUGGAAUCGAUCAUGCGUGACCCUUACCAUGGACCGAAAUUAGCGCGGCAACUUCGUUCCUGGGCUGCAGCUGGAUGGCAAGGAGUUUUUGCUUUUGAAGUAUUGCAUGCUGAUGAAGUUCUCACAGGGCGGAGUCCUACAAAGUCGACGGCAAUGUGA